AUGUCGCAACCUGCUACUGUUCGGGUUGCCGUUACUCAGGCUGAACCAGAGUGGCUUGAUCUUGCCGCUGGCGUGACUAAAACCUGCGAGUUAAUUGCAGAAGCCGCGAAGAAUGGAGCAAAGCUGAUUGCUUUUCCCGAAUGCUGGAUACCUGGAUAUCCUUGCUGGAUUUGGACGCGACCACUCGAUGUUAGUCUCAACGUGGCAUAUGUCAAGAACUCUCUCCGUCUAUACUCUCCAGAGAUAAAGAAAAUUCAACUUUGCGCUCUACAGAACUCCAUUGCUGUGUCCUUGGGUUUCUCAGAGAACAGUAAUGACUCGGUGUACAUUGCUCAGGUAAUGAUUGGUCCGGAUGGCCAAAUCAAAAAUCACCGCCGAAAGAUGAAACCGACACACAUGGAGAGAACUAUAUUCGGCGACGCUUCGGGUGAAUGUUUUGACAGCGUUGCGGAGCUUCCUUUCACCCGUGUGGGCGCCUUGUCAUGCUGGGAGCAUAUUCAGCCACUGUUGAAGUAUCAUACCAUCUCCCAGCAAGAAGAUAUUCACGUUGCUGCAUGGCCGAGUCUUUUCCCGCAUACUGGGGGGUCCGACCUGUGGUCUAUGUCUGCUGAAGGUUGUCAGAGUCUCUCUCAGACAUAUGCUAUUGAGUCGCAGUGUUUCGUGCUUCAUUGCACGACACUACUCACCAAAAAGGGCAUCGAGCAGAUGAAUACCUCAGGGGGCACAUUAAUGUCUUCUCCAGGUGGAGGCAGUUCGGCUAUAUUUGGACCUGAUGGAAGAAGAUUGACUGAGCCAGUUGAAAGCACCACGGAGAAAAUAAUUUACGCUGAUUUGGAUAUGGACAUGAUCUUAGCGGCGAAGCUUUUCGCGGAUGCAACGGGUCAUUAUAGUCGGCCUGAUCUGAUGUGCCUCAAUAUCAAUAAACGAGUCAGGAAAAUGGUUUAUGAAGACGAGGAUGCGGAUGUUGUGGAAACCAAAGACGAGAUUAAAGGCGAAGAAUAA